UAGUGCUUCCACUGGAGGCCUGCUGGAGAUCAGGGUUCUGGAUCGGGGCCCUGGGAGUUGAAGGCAACAAGAUGAAGUAUUUAGAUCUGGUAACAACAAAAAAUGUGGUCUCUGCAGCUGCAGGGGCCGGGGCCAUCUUUCUCGUAGCCAAGACCAUCUUAGCAGGGAUCAAGAGCCCCCCCUACAACCCAGAGCCACUGACUUUAGCCAGACUUGCCAUAGCACACCAGUCUAAAAGUGUGGUGGACUCUACAGAGGUCAGGGGACUCCUGCUCUCCCUCGAUCCGAGGUUGGAUGACUACUCCAAGAAUAUGAUACUCCACGGCAUUACCCGAUGCAUUUAUCUACUGGACACAGAAGCAUCUGCAUGUACCUACGAGGAUAUCAAACUGGUGGCCUCAUUUUUGGAUGAACCAGACAUCAGCAUCAAGAUUCAGACACUUCAUGCCCUCAAAGCCUUCACUGGAAUCUGGAAGUUUAGAAUUAGAAUUCAGGAAUUCAUUCCCAAAGUUCUUGAAAUUAUCACCAGUGUAUGGGAUUACGAUGUGCAUGUCGCAGGACUGCGAUUACUGAAUGGGCUACAGUUGCCGGAUCACACACAUGUGCUGCUAAGAAAGCUUAUGCCUGCUUUAAUGGAAAUUCUGCAAUUGGGAAACACUUUGGCUCAGGUGCAGGUUUUAAAAUUCUUUAGCAUGCUGGCUCAGAAGGAAGAUCUGCUGUUCGACAUCAUGAAUUGUCAGGUGUACCCUGAAUUUCUCAACCUCUUCCAAACAUCUCAGCCUGGAAACCUAUUAUUUGAGUUGCUGGUGUUUGUGGAACGACUUUGUGAAGGUCGCUUGACUCCUCACUACCAGGCAGUGCACUGGCAAUACAAUGAGUCAUCCCUUCAUGAGGUCCUCUUUGGGGAUGAUUCCCGUCUAGCGGACUGUCUUCUCUCCCUUAUCAUCCAUCCUGAAGAAGAGGUGCAAAUCCAAGCCUGCAGGGUCAUCCUGAAACUCCAGCUAAAUGAGGAGGGAGAGAUCGUUGACAUCUAUGCUGCUGAUUCAGACUUCAGCACUUUUUCUGAAUGUAAUGCGGGUGACUCCAUUUUUGAAUCUGGACGUUGAACGUUUGCAGAAUUUAAGAGAGAAUUAAAUUAUUUUAACAGAAUAAUCUUCUACCUUGCCAGAUAAAGAAAAAGAAACCCAAACAGCUAGAGGAACUUAUAUGGUAUUGUGUGUGAAUACUUAUCUCC